AUAUAACAGAGUUAUACGCUUUUUGUUUAUUAUUUUCGUAAAAAUAUUAUACAUGAAAACCAUGGCAGAUGUACUCAAACCGUUUGUUUAUUGGGGGCAAAAAGAAGAUUCGAUAUCAUUGAAAGUUGAUUUAAGGGAUGUUAAAGUGGAUAAGGCUGAUAUCACAGAGGACAAACUGACUGCAUCUUUCACUGGUGUUGGAGCUCAUGGAAACAAGCAAUAUGAGUUUGAUUUGGAGUUCUAUCUACCAAUCGAUAAAUGGAGUUGCAAGCAGCGUACCACAGCACGUGGCGUUGAGUUUAGUAUUAAAAAGCAGGGAGCAGAAGCUUGGCCCCGUCUAACCAAGUCACAGACAAAACUGGCAUGGCUUAAAAUAGAUUUUGACAAGUUCGUGUAUGAAGAUGACAUUGAUAGUGAGGAUGAACGUGAUAAGAUGGCAGCCGACGAAGUUAUGAGGAACUUAGAAAAGCAGCUAGAAGAUGAGAAAAAAGGUGAGGACUUGAACGUCAGUGGCACCUAUCUGUUCACAUACAAUAUGCUGCAGUUUGUUGGGUUCCUGUACAUCACAACAGUGCUCUCGUACAAUUUCUUAAAGCAUGGAGCAGGGGCUAAAGAGAAGGCAUUUGAGCUGGUGGGUACUCAGAUGAUGUUCUGUCAGGCCACCGCUGUACUGGAGAUAAUACAUCCACUCAUAGGACUGGUGAAAACUGGCGUUGUAGCUCCUGUAAUGCAGGUUGGAGGUCGAGGGUUCAUUCUCUUCCUGCUCAUACUUCAAGAUGUACGUCUGCAGAUAGCUCCUGUAGUCUGGUAUCUGUUCAUGACCUGGUCAGCUGUUGAACUAGUCAGAUAUCCAUUCUACAUGUUGUCAAGCAUUGGUAAAGAUAUCAAGGUUAUAUCUUGGCUGCGAUACUCUGCCUGGAUCCCACUAUAUCCUCUGGGAAUUUUGUUUGAAGCCACAGUUGUUAUCAUGUCAAUACCACUAUUUGAGGAGUCAGGGAUGUUCAGUGUGCAGCUGCCCAACGCGUCAAACAUGGCCUUCUACUUCCCAUGGUUCCUGCAUACAUAUCUACUGAUACUGGCAUUAGGUGGAAUUCAGAUGAUGAAACACAUGUACAUUCUAAGAAAGAAGAAACUUGGCAUUUCUACACCCAGCAAGAAACUCAGAUAGUAAAUCUGGUUGUAUGGUGGCCGAAAAAUCCUGUGAAAUUGACCUCAUGCAAGAGAAUUCUGAAUGUUGCGUUAUGAAAUAAAUUGCCUGUCAGUAGGAGUAUAAGUUUCUGUGUAUGCCUUUUUGGUAUAUUCUAUACUGGUAUUAGUAUAUUAAACAGUUGUUAAUGAUUUUGUAUUUGAAUCAGAAAAAAUUGAAAACAUUUUACAAACCGAUCUCAUCUUUUUGAGUCAGAUCAUUUGUUUCAACUUUUAUUUUAAACUGCAAAAUAAUUUCAAUGUAAAACAAGGCUAUUGUCAAGCAAUAUGGUCCCCUACCGGCUCCCCCAUUGUCAGAAAUUCGACCAUUUUCAGAUUUUUUUAAAUAAAUUUGGUUGCCAUAGCAACCACAAUUUUAGACAUACAUGUAGGAACAAAAUGAAAUUAUGUUCAUAAUGUCCAUAUUGCCAUCUAUCCAUGUUGCAAGUUUCAUGAACAAAUAUUAAGAACUUUUUAAGUCAUCGCAAGAUCCAGAAAAGUGUGACAGACAGACAGAGCGCAAACCAUAAGUCCUCUCCGGUGAAACCGGUAGGAGACAAAAAUUGUUUUUUUUUACCAUGUUUAGAUUUCAAUGCAAAAUAUUGUAUAAAAUGUUAAUAUUUGUUUGUACUAUUUCUCUUGCUACUGUUCCCUUCAACUAUACUUGUUAAAAUAUUUGUAUGUUGCUGAAACCAAAUAUAGUUUAGUUUUCUAAACUAUUAUUGUUUCAAUUCCUUUUAAUGUUUCACCUUAACAACUGUUAGGAAUGUAAAUUUAAAUAUAUACUGUCUGUAAAGUUUUCAUCUUUUUAAUUUUAAUGCAGUGAUGCUGUUUUAGAAUUAUUACAUGUCAGAUAACUAUUUUGAAUUCUCUCUGUGAGAUGCAUUCGACAGAAAGUACCCGUAAAUAUUUGUGUUUAUUGUGUAAGUUUCACAAAUUUUUCAUCAUGCAUUCAAUUAUCCAUUAGUCAGAUGUCUGGUUUUGAAUCAUAAUUUAUCAUAAUAAAUUUGGUAAGAACUGAGCCAUGGCUUCUUCCUGAAAUGCUGUGGGUUGGUUAUGGAAUUCAAAGUAAUUCAGGCCUUAAAAGGAUAAUGUGUACAUGUUGAAUAUAUAUGUAUUUGCCUCUUCAUAUUGGAAUACAAUUAGUUGAAGUUACACAAUCAUGGAGUGUAGCAGUAUUUUGAAAUAUUUGUAGUUUGAAAUAUUCAUGAAACAUGGUGCAAUAAAGCUGUUUUGAUAGAAAAA